GUUCCCGCUUUCAAAGAGAGAGAGAGAGAGACGCAGUCUUCGAAGCUCCGAGUGUCGCCUCCUCGUCGCUGCCCACCUUCUCGAUCGAAAUCUCUGUUGUGAGCCUCUGGUCUUAUCGUUGAUUCAUCCCUGCACGUCUUUUGAUUCCCUUUGAUCCCUUGUAGAAGAGAGGGCCUGGAUUUGAGCUAGUUUCAUAUAAGAAUUUAAACCUGCUGUUCUUGAAUUUUCUACAUCAGUAUUGAACUCAAUUGUGCCAUGGAGAAUGGAGCCAAGGAUGACAAGAAACUUGCUGAUACUUCAGCGUCAGAAAAUUUUCCGAGUAGCACUCAGGAGACUGAAGGAAAUGCUGGACUGGAGGUAUUGAAUGAGAUGGAAACUUUGACUGUUCAUAAAGACAAUGAAAACCUCCAGCUUGAGGAAGAAGGCAAAGAAAAGAAACUGGUUGAUGCUUUGUCCUCAGAAAAUUCUCCAAGGAGCAUCCAUGAUCCUGAAGUGAAAAAUGGAGAGACACCACCAAGUGACAUGGAUUCUCUGAAUGUCAAGGAUGAUAACACAAAACUUCACAAUGAACAAGGAGAAGGUUUGGACAGUCAGGUGUUGUCUGAGGUCAGAGCUUUGGGCUCUGAGAAAGUUAGGGAUAAGGAGCAGAUUCUUGAUGAAGACCUUCCCGAAGAAAAGGAGGCAGAUCCUGUUUUUGAUGGAACAGAGGAGGUUUCAGAAAUGGAUGGAAGACAAAGGUCAUCCAAUGAACCUUAUGGAUAUGAAACCGAGGUUCAGGCAUUUGCCUGGCCUGAAAAGGCUGUUGCACUUAAAAAUUUUGUGAAGGAGAAAAGUACAGUUACUACAGUUGCUGUUUCCACUUUUCUCCGGCGCUUGUCAGGUAGAAGGGAUGAGGAUGGGCACAGUAUUCCUUAUGAGGAUGGGAAGAAUGAUGAUUCAGCUGUGAGCACUGAGGAAGCUGACUCUGCCACAGAAUCUAAGUUUAAAGAGGCCCUGCUAAAGGCAGGAGAACUUGCUUCAUGGAAUCCUUUGAACUACAUUAAGAUUGGGCGAGAUACAGAGGUUCAGAACAAGCCUGGCCAACUAGAGGGUGUCACCACAGAAAAUAAAGUAGAAGAGCAACAUAUGAAUGGAAGAAUUAUAAUUUAUACAAGGCUUGGAUGCCCAGAUUGCAAAGAGGUUAGGCUAUUCUUUCAGCAGAGAAGGCUUAGGUAUGUAGAAAUAAACCUUGAUAUUUAUCCUAGUAGAAAGUUGGAGCUGGAAAAGAAUACUGGUUCUUCUGCUGUUCCGAGGGUGUACUUCAAUGAUUUCCUUGUUGGGGGGUUAAGUGAACUUAAGGCGUUGGAAGACUCUGGCAGAUUUGAUGAGAAGAUUAACUAUGUUAUCAGUGAUGAUCCCUCACCUGAAGCUCCUUCACCACCAUUGCCUGGGGAAGAUGAUAUGUCCAGUAGUGGUAAAAUUGAUGAGUUGGUAGCCAUUGUUAGGAAAAUGAAGGAAUCAAUUGUUCUCAAGGACAGGUUUUACAAGAUGCGAAGAUUCAGCAACUGUUUUCUUGGGUCUGAAGCUGUUGAUUUCUUGUCAGAAGAUCAGUACUUGGAGAGAGAGGAGGCAGUGGAGUUUGGAAAGAAGCUUGUAAGUGAGCACUUUUUCCACCAUGUUAUGGAUGAGAACAUAUUUGAAGAUGGUAACCACGUAUAUCGGUUCUUGGAGAAUGAUCCUGUUGUUUCCAGCCAAUGCUGCAACAUUCCAAGGGGCCUGAGUGAUGUUAAACCUAAGCCAAUUGUUGAAAUUGCAUCUAGGCUAAGAUUUUUAUCAUAUGCAAUUUUUGAAGCUUAUGUAUCUGAAGAUGGAAAACAUAUUGAUUACAAUAGCAUUUAUGGUUCUGAGGAGUUUCGCAGGUAUAAAAGAAUAAUCGAGGAGCUCCACAGGGUGGACUUGGAUAAUGUGUCUAGGGAAGAAAAGCUUGCCUUUUUCAUAAACCUUCAUAAUAUGAUGGCUAUUGAUGUUGUAUUGACAUGGGGUUAUCCAGUUCGAGCCUUGGACAGGAGAAGGUUUCUUGGAGACUUCAAAUAUGUUGUUGGUGGGUGUGCUUAUUCAUUGUCAGCUAUCCAAAAUGGUAUCCUACGGGGCAAUCAACGUCCCCCAUAUAAUCUCACCAAGCCUUUUGGCCCGAAAGACAGACGCUCCGAGGUGGCUCUUCCAUACACAGAACCACUAGUUCACUUUGCACUGGUAUGUGGAAGCCGAUCAGGCCCUGCACUUAGAUGUUACUCUCCCGGAAACAUUGAUAAAGAACUAAUGGAAGCUGCACGUGAUUUUCUGAGGACCGGUGGGCUUAUUAUCGACAAAGAAGCCAAGGUGGCAUCAGUCAGCAAAAUUCUUCGGUGGUAUAGUGUAGAUUUCGGUAAGAAUGAGAUGGAAAUGCUGAAACAUGCAGCUAAUUAUUUAGAGCCAUCAAAAACAGAGGAAUUGUUGGAGUUGCUUGUGAGCAAUCAGUUGAAGGUUACAUACCAGCCUUAUGAUUGGGGCUUGAAUUGCUAGUCCUUCAUACCUUUUCUUUUUAGCUAUUUAUACCAGAGAGACUAUACAAAACACGUCGUAUUGACUCGACCGUCAAUUUUACAGAGUCAAUUAAUAAUGUUGGGAGGGGACUUGUAUGAACUUCCAAACUUUAGCUGUAAUUGAAUAUAUCAUAGAAUUUACCCUUGGUUUAAAU